AUGAGCGGCCGCGUGCCGCUGGCGGAGAAAGCUCUGUCGGAGAGCUACGCCCGGCUCCGGUACCGGGACGCCUCCCUGCUCAUCUGGCGGCAGCAGCAGCAGCGGCUGGAGUCGGCGCCCCGUGGGACCUACCUGAGCCGGAGCCGCAGCAUGUGGUACUCGCAGUACGGAAACGAGGCCAUCCUGGUCCGGGACAGACACAAGCUCGGAGCAUCCCGGGACACGGGCCAGUCCAAGUUCUGUGCAAUCAUGUAA